AUGGAUCGGCUUGCAAUAUGGGUGCAAAUCCAUGGAUUACACGAGAAGAUGAGAGUCGAGAAUAAUGUGGAGUCGAUCGGCACCUACUACUUCCCCAAACUUCUAGACCUUGACAGAUGUGGGCUGGAUUUUAAUGGAUACCAUAUCUUCUCAAGUGUCUUGGUGGAGGUCGACAUCAACGAACCUAUUCCAACUGGGUUUGACUUCCCCUUUGCUGAUGAAGACACCAGAAUUGAGUACUGUGAUUGGAUUAGUUUCAAGUACGAGCGACUGGUGGAGCUUUGCUAUUUUUGUUGA